AUGGAGACAGUGACACCCAAAAUGGGCCUUGAAUCUGGAAAUGGAGGAGAACAGUAUCCAGUUGCUCCUACGAUCCAGGAAAUUAAAUCUGGCACUGUGACCCCGGGACGCAGUGGAUUGAUAAGAUGUGAAGGUGCAGGUGUGCCGCCUCCGGCCUUCGAAUGGUACAAAGGAGAGAAGAAGCUCUUCAAUGGCCAACAAGGAAUCAUUAUUCAAAAUUUUAGCACAAGAUCCAUUCUCACUGUUACCAAUGUGACACAGGAACACUUCGGCAACUAUACUUGUGUGGCUGCCAACAAGCUAGGCACGACCAAUGCGAGCCUGCCUCUUAACCCUCCAAGUACAGCCCAGUAUGGAAUUACCGGGAGCGCUGAAGUUCUUUUCUCCUGCUGGUACCUUGUGUUGACACUGUCCUCUUUCACCAGCAUAUUCUACCUGAAGAACGCCAUUCUACAAUAAAUUUAAAGACCCAUAAAAGGCUUUUAAGGAUUCUCUGAAAGUGCUGAUGGCUGGAUCCAAUCUGGUACAGUUUGUUAAAAGCAGCGUGGGAUAUAAUCAGCAGUGCUUACAUGGGGAUGAUCGCCUUCUGUAGAAUUGCUCAUUAUGUAAAUACUUUAAUUCUACUCUUUUUUUGAUUAGCUACAUUACCUUGUGAAGCAGUACACAUUGUCCUUUUUUUAAGACGUGAACGCUCUGAAAUUACUUUUAGAGGAUAUUAAUUGUGAUUUCAUGUUUGUAAUCUACAACUUUUCAAAAGCAUUCAGUCAUGGUCUGCUAGGUUGCAGGCUGUAGUUUACAAAAACGAAUAUUGCAGUGAAUAUGUGAUUCUUUAAGGCUGCAAUACAAGCAUUCAGUUCCCUGUUUCAAUAAGAGUCAAUCCACAUUUACAAAGAUGCAUUUUUUUUUCUUUUUUGAUAAAAAAAGCAAACAAUAUUGCCUUCAGAUCGUUUCCUCAAAAUAUAACACAUAUCUACAUUUUU